AUGGCCAAUGUCCUUUCAUCCUCCCAGACUGCGGCCCUCUUCGACAUACUCACCCAUUACAAUACCUACGCUGAGAUCCGCGAGUUCAGAUAUCCAGGUAGCCUUGCCCACUAUGGCCCUCCUUUCACGACCCACGACAAGAAGCCAUCCACAUCCCCGGCUUUGCAGAUUUUGGUCUCGCGAUUCCUCCUGAAUCUGCCUGGACUAAACAAUUUGCCUGAGAAAUGGUGGAAAGUCCAGUGUCGCGAAAUCAUCGAACACCUCGAAAGAGCCAAUCUCAGUGAGAGCUAUGAUAAAGGUGUCAUUGGCAGUCGGAAAACUCUUGCUACUGCCAUCUCCGCCCUCAUUGAGUAUCUCGUUCGAGGUACGUAUGGAGGGUUUGCCGAGAUCAAGAACCGUAAUUACGAAUACGACAUCACCCAAGCCGAAGAUUUGGCCCGCGCUUUUCGUGACUUUUUGAAUGACACAAUCUACGGCAAUGCUCUGGACGAGCUGGUCCAGAAGACUGCCGAGACAGAUAACCUUGAAGACCAUGGACCGUUGACGAAAGCGGUGCACGAGUUUGUGCUUGUCAACCUUGCCUCCUUUAUGCAUUAUACACUGAUCUUGUCGCCAAAAGGACAAUAUCUGCUCAAGCUAAUCGAUAACGCCAACAAAUUGGUCCCAUACAUGGUCCUGAAGCAAACAUUACGGAUUGGCAAUGUGGCCUCAAUGAUUAACGCUAUGGUCAAGGUGGGCCUUGCCAAAGUCAGCGUGGCCAGCGUGACCAACUGGAUGGGGUGGACACAGUCCCAUGAUGAAGGAAUGAAUCUUGUGCAAACCAUCAUCGCCACAGUCCUCAACUGGGAUAUCAGGGAUCUGGAAUCUCGGGCCUCCAAAAUUGAGCGGGAGCGAACCAAACUUGGCAAAGAACAACUUCAAGCUCUCAAAGACUAUGUCACCAAAUCGCAACAUGAUCAAGAUCGGAUCCGAAACGAGAGCCAAACAAAUUCCAUCUCGAUUGUCACCGCUAUCUUCCAGGAUAGCAAAUGCUCCUCCAUCGAGUUAACAGAUGCCCACCACAGCCAUGCCUUGGAAUACCUUUCAAUUCACCUCUCUAUCCGUGACCGGAAACAGCUUAUCCAAUGCCUCUGCAAAACCACUCCAGAUUACCUCACCCUGUCCGUAAGAGAAGUGGUUGACGCUUACGAGCCCGUCAUAAGGCGAAUGCACAAAGCCAUUGACCUAUCAUCCACUCUGACAGACUUUGAAUAUUUUCUCAAGGACCUGAUUAAGUUGGCUAAGAUCCACAGUGACAAAUCUAGCAAAGCACUUGUUCCUACGGUCGGCGACUUUGUGCAAUUACUCCGCAAACACCAGCGAUCAUGUCAUGUGUUUUUGCACCAGUGUUGUAAGAACGACAAGGAGUUGACAGGGUGGUAUCUCGACUGGGCAAAGAAUGCAGCCACACAGUUCAGAUGCGAUCCCGAACCGGAUUCGCAUCUCGAGGAAGGCUCAGAAACCCCAGAAAAAGGAGCCGGCAGCCUGACUUUCUCGCUGAUCGAUCUUUUCAGCUCUCUUCCUCCAGAGACGCAAUCCCGCAUCAUUCCAAUCUUGGAUUCUCACUCGUCCUUCCUGGAGAAAAUGCACGCUCAAUCAACCGCACGUUUGGCAAAUGUUCUAAAAUCCCCACCCUCAAAGAAUCCUGCCGUCGCAAAGAUCUUUUCUUCGUCCUCCAGUCGGCCGAGUUCUCGCCCACCAAGUCCUGCUCCACCGAUCAAUCGCAGCGGCGCGUCAACACUGGUUCCUUUCAGCAACAGCAAAGAAAACGAUGAAGAUUUUUCGCCCAAGGUAUCAUCCGCACCUGGGCCAGGUGCGUUCCUGGCACGUUGGCAAGCUCUCCUCGACGCCACACCAAUCACUCCUCUGAACCCGUCUGUCUCUUGGACAGUGGCAAGGAGUCUUGAAGUGGUGCAGUCGAGCACUUCCGACGUGGAUGGCUCCAAACUCGUACAAUUUCGAGCCAAGGAGGCUAGAGCAGUGCAGAUUCACGUUGAAAGUCGAAGAGGGAGGGAUGACGAUACCCAGUCAGGGAUCAGCCACGAUGCAUGGGCAAGGCAAAAACGGCUGAAAAUCGUGAUUGAUGCGAUGGGUGCAGAUUUCAGAAAACUGUUGGCCGAGAGGGGAUGUUAUUGGUAA